AUGAGGUUUGUCAAGUAUGUGAGACCCGUAGCGGUCCCGGCAGUGAUCAUAUCUGCCGUUGCGCCGAAAGAGCUCAACAUCUCUGAUUCACUCUCCAUCAAGGGCGUUGCCAAAACCGUCGCCGCCAACGCCAUGUCUUACUACUCGGGCACCCCUGAGAAAUUCGUUGACCUUCCUCAGCCUUACUACUGGUGGCAAGCCGGUGCCCUGAUGGGCAGCAUGCUCGACUACUCUCACUAUACGGGCGACCACAGUUACGACAAGCUGAUCGCAAGGGGACUCUUGGAUCAGGUUGGCCCCGACUUUGACUACAUGCUCCCCACUCACUUCGGCCAAGAAGGUAAUGACGAUCAAGCAUUCUGGGGAAUGUCUGUCAUGGCCGCCGCGGAGAGGAACUUUCCUCAGCCAGACCCAAAUGUUCCUGGGUGGUUGGAUAUGGGUGCCAACAUUUUCGACUCGCUGGCUGGCAGGUGGAAUACGACUGCUUGCCAGGGUGGGCUUUUGUGGCAGAUCUUUGCCUCAAACCCGAACGGACUCGACUACAAAAACACCGUCAGCAACGGCGGCUUCUUCCAGAUUGCGGCCAGACUGGCCCGCGCCACCGGGAACAAGACGUACAGUGACUGGGCGGAAAAGGUUUGGGACUGGACGGAAGCCAUCGGCAUGAUUGACAAGUUUGGAAACGUCUACGACGGCGCCCAUGCGAGCAAGGACUGCAAGGACACCAACCCGGUCACGUUCUCUUACUCUGCCAGCAUCUACAUUUACGGAGCUGCCGUCAUGGCCGACGUCACCCAGGACAAGAAGUGGACGGAGAGGACGGAGAGGAUGGUGGAGGCGAGCAGGAGCUUUUUCAGCCCGUUUGAGAACGCCACCAACAUCAUGUAUGAGCACGCGUGCGAGCAGGUGGACAAGUGCAACCAGGACAUGAGGAGCUUCAAGGCGUACUUUUCGAGAUUUGUCUAUGCGGCCGCGAGGUAUGUUCCGAGUAUCAAGCCGGCGAUCGAAGAGUUGUGGCAUACUUCGGUCGAGGCGGCUGCGAAGACUUGCACAGGCGGUGCGAGCGGGACCCAGUGCAGCCACAAGUGGUAUACCGGGGCCUUUGAUGGAAACCCGGGGUUGGGCCAGGAGAUGUCCGCGCUGGAGACCAUUCAGGGCUUGUUGGCUUUGGACGCGGAAGCACCGUUGAAGGGGGGCGAAAUCAAGACUGUGAGGGCGUUUGCUGAUCAGAAUGCCGUAAAGGGUGACUCUGAGACAGCUUCAGGUUCAGCACCAUCACCGACAUCUGAAUCGGACUCGGCGGCUGGCUCCCAGACCGAGGCCGGGACGCAAACCUCGGGUGCGUUGAGAAGGAGGACUGUUCCCGUGAAGGGGUGGUGGUAG